GUUCCCGUGAAAACAAAAACAAUCGGCGGCGCCGCCGCGGGCAGCCGAACGCGGCGAGUGAGGACCAGGGGCGCGGGACCGGGUGGGGAGAGCGAGCCGGAGCGGCGGCCAGUGUCCGGGGGCCGGGGGGGCAUGGGGCAGGCGGGCACGGGCUGCGCGGGGCUCCCCCGGCGCCGCGGCUAGCGCGCCCGCUGUCUCGGCCGCCUCAGCCACCCGCGCCGCCCGCCUGGGGGACGAGGAGCAGGACGCGGCCUCGGCCGGGCCCGGGCCGAACGGCUGCGGACACCCGGGCACCAGGGAGCCGAGCGCCUUCGCCGCCGCCGCCUCCGGGAUGGAUCAGUGCGUGACGGUGGAGCGCGAGCUGGAGAAGGUGCUGCACAAGUUCUCGGGCUACGGGCAGCUGUGCGAGCGCGGCCUGGAGGAGCUCAUCGACUAUACGGGCGGCCUCAAGCACGAGAUCCUGCAGAGCCACGGCCAAGAUGCUGAAUUAUCAGGGACACUUUCACUUGUUUUGACACAAUGCUGUAAGAGAAUAAAGGACACUGUUCAAAAAUUGGCCUCAGACCACAAAGACAUCCACAGCAGUGUUUCUCGUGUUGGAAAAGCCAUUGAUAAGAAUUUUGAUUCUGACAUUAGCAGUGUGGGAAUAGAUGGCUGCUGGCAGGCAGACAGUCAGAGGCUUCUCAACGAGGUGAUGGUGGAACACUUCUUUCGACAAGGAAUGCUGGAUGUAGCUGAAGAGCUCUGCCAGGAAUCUGGUCUUUCUGUAGACCCAAGUCAGAAAGAACCAUUUGUGGAGUUAAAUCGAAUAUUAGAAGCAUUAAAAGUCAGAGUUCUGAGACCUGCUUUGGAAUGGGCAGUUUCAAAUCGAGAGAUGCUUAUAGCCCAAAACAGCUCCUUGGAAUUUAAACUACACAGACUGUAUUUUAUUAGCUUAUUAAUGGGUGGAACUACAAAUCAGCGAGAAGCAUUACAAUACGCUAAAAAUUUUCAGCCAUUUGCUCUAAAUCAUCAGAAAGACAUUCAGGUUUUGAUGGGAAGCCUUGUGUACCUGAGACAAGGGAUUGAGAACUCACCGUAUGUUCACCUACUUGAUGCAAACCAGUGGGCUGACAUCUGCGACAUCUUCACACGGGAUGCCUGCGCCCUCCUGGGGCUCUCGGUGGAGUCCCCGCUCAGCGUCAGUUUCUCAGCAGGUUGUGUGGCGCUGCCGGCUUUAAUUAAUAUCAAAGCUGUGAUUGAACAGAGGCAGUGCACUGGAGUUUGGAACCAGAAAGAUGAAUUGCCCAUUGAAGUGGACCUUGGUAAAAAGUGCUGGUAUCACUCUAUAUUUGCCUGUCCCAUUCUUCGUCAGCAAACAACAGAUAACAAUCCACCCAUGAAAUUGGUCUGUGGUCAUAUUAUAUCAAGAGAUGCUCUGAAUAAAAUGUUUAAUGGUAGCAAAUUAAAAUGUCCAUAUUGUCCGAUGGAACAGAGUCCAGGAGAUGCCAAACAGAUAUUUUUCUGAAGAAAUAACUUUAAUUUGCAAUUUGAAGAAAGCUGUGAUAGAUUCCCAAUUUGCUUUUUGAUGUUUUCCUCUGCUCCAGCUCUCACCGAGAAGUCAGCAGACCUGCAUUUGAGCUCUGCUUGUAGCCCCAGCGGGCUGCCUGUUUCAAAUUCCAUCGUGAAUUUAGCAGGUUGGUGUGAGAAGUCUUCCACUAGAACAGAGUGGAAGGGGUACUAUUGUUUCUUUUCUUUUAUUGCCAAGAGGUGCUUGUUUUAAAAGUGUGUUCAAUAAAAUGAAAUUCUGAAGUUAGAGGUGUUCUUAAGUUAAUAUUUGCUCUCUUGGUCUUGGUAGCCCUAUUCUCUGAAAUCUGCCUUCAGGACUUGGCUGUCUGUUUCAUUUGUAUAUCAUCGCAGACACAGUGUUGUUUGUGUGUGUAUAUAUGUGCACCAGCAUCAAACAUUGUGUAUCUGGAAGGAAAGAAGCAUGUUCCAGUCCUAAAAUGCAGUUACCAGACUCAUUACUUUAAAUCCUUAAAGUUAGAAGUUAGCAUAUUUUCUGUAGUGCAGAAUAUGUUUAUUGCUGUUUUUGUAUUUGAAUAGUAUACUGUUCAAUGCCUCUCUUCUACAAAGUGUAUCAUCUCAUUGGCUGUGAAUCUGUAUAUUACUCUAAUGGAUACAGAUGAUGAUCUUUUCUCUUGUGAGGUAUCUUCAUUUAAUGCACUGUCCAGAAAUAGCCAUGUGUAAGAGUCUUUCUCUGUAUGAUGAACGAACUACAUGGAAAGGACAUCUGACUUACACCUGUUAAGUCACUUCAUUAUAAGAAGAAUGUUAUACGGACAUCACCAAAUAUUUUGCAACUUUAUUUCAUCUGACUUGGAACUAAACAUCAAUGUAGGAAAACUUGAUGAGAAAACAAAGAAAGAAGAAAAUGCAGAAGGAAAGAGGACCGUAACACUUUGCAUUUUAAACUGCAGAUUGAUUUCUUUUGCAGGGAGGGAGAAAACAGGUUUUGUGCUGAGUUCCCUCGAAAGUGUCAGCGUGUGCAGUCAUACACCGGCCUGCAUGGUUUGUCCUGAAAUGUAUAUCUGGGAGAGCAGGGAUUUGUCUCAAAGGAAAGGGGUGCUGCAGGAAAGCCCUGCUUGACUGCUCUGUGUGGUCAGACUCCCUCCGAGUGCUACGUUGCGUGGGGUUGGUUGGCCGGGAAUGGCGGCUGGCCUGCUCAGAGUGUUGCUCUGUCUGACCUCUGUCUUGGCCCCACCAGGACUCUAGCUCUGUGUUUCGGCUUUCCUCUUGGAACCCUCCCUAAACCUGCUCUCUCCAUUAAAGCAGUGAAGGCAGAGAGAAGCUCCUUGGACUCCGUAAGAGAAGGUAGAGAAUUCCAGGCAACUCUGGCUGAGGAUGUAAACCUGGUUUAUGACCUAUAUUUCCCUUUGAGUUACAAUCCAGAGUACCUUUUUUUAAACUACUUUUUUUCUCACUGGGCCAGAUUUAGCUUUACUCACAACUUAUUCUCACCUUUCCACCUCUAACACUUACGAAACAUUUAGGCUUCACGUAAGAUUUGUACAACAUAGAUGUCGCACAAGAGGCUGGUGGUAAAUAUUUUGGGGGCCAGACACUUCACAUGGUCGGCUCAGGCCACUUUGAAGGCCAAAACAAAAGCCAGAACUCUGCUUUGUCCAUCUCCCAGUGUUGGGAAUCCAGUUGACAGUUUUCUGUGCAGCUCCUGAAACUUUAAAAAGAGCAUGCUUUUAACUGAAGCGUUUGAUUUUAGAGUUUCUUAUGUAAGGUCCUUGUAGUCUACUCGGCAGGAUAGGGCCAGAAAUUUGAAACUCUUGAUUUGACAACUUAAUAUGAAAAUUAUGUCUUGUGACCUUUAACUGAAUGCAUGGACUCAAAACAUUGGUGGGAAAAUGUGAAGGAAAGGUGGGUUUGAAAAGGCCAGACCUUAACCAAAGAUGCUGAAAUACAACAUGUUGUCCUUUCUGCUCUAGAAACACCUUCAGGAGUGGUGUCAGGACCUUGUCGCUGAGGCUGUGUGUGUCCGCGGUGCGGGAGGGUGCUCCUUGUCAUGCCCUGCCUCUGUGUGCAAAAGGUCGUGAUAGAGCCAAGGUUUUUUUAGAGUCAGACUCAUUAUAAUAAUACACAUUGCAAACAGAGUUUCAGAGUGGUUUCCUCAGCUUCCUUAGGAACCAUUCCAUUUAUCAGUCGUGGACGAAGGCCAUGGGACUAUGCUAAACCAAUAAAACCUUAUUAGAACCUUGCAUUCUGAUUUAGCCAGAGCGCCUGUGCUUUCAAGUACAACCUGAAGGACAGUGGCUAAGUUUGUCUUUCAGUCUUUUUUCUCCUUCGUGUGAUCAUCACAAAUACCAUUUCUGUUGUUUUGGUGGUGAUUAUGUGAGACUUCUAAUACAUAAAUGAACGGGUAUUGGUGCCUCUUGAUUUUAAAAAAUGUUGAAGAGAAGAGCCACCUCAUAUUCAUAGGGUGUAUGAGUAUUUUAUGAGUGUAUGAGCAUUUAAUUGAAAAUAAGAAAGGUAUGAAGUUAAUCUUUUGAUUUUUCUGUAGCAGCUGAUGUAUACAGAGACACUAAACCCCACACCAAAUUAUGUGGGGAAUGAGGAUCCUUUUUCUCUCCAGGUAGUCCCACAGGCCUGUAGUUUUGUUCAGUAUUCUUUAUGCUGUGAGUUAUUUCCACCUCAGUGGUUCAGCCUUUGGGACAACAGAUACUGCAGAAACCAAGGACUCUUGGUUAUUCGCACAAGACAAGCUGCUGGUAGACAUUAGCCCUCUGGUUUUCCAGCUCAACUUCUGAUUAGCGGACUGACGGUCAAGCUGGUCAGUUUGCUUAGUCAGCAGACUCAGGUUAUUUUCAGGGAAGGCAUGGUUUGGUUAAUUUCAUCACUAGGAUAUGUAAGGUGAAGACGCAAACCAAAUACCUUUCAUUACUUAACUCUACGUACAUUAUCCUUGGUAACACUAGAAUGCUGUGGUCUUGAGGGAAUGUUGGCAAGGAACGCAUACUUGGAAGGCUUGGGGCUCCAUACGCCUGUCCGGCUGGGGUGGGCUUUAUGGUGGUACAAUAGUGUUUACCAUAAGCAGGUACAAACUGCAUGAACUGUUUUUACUGAGCUAUAAUUGAAUAGAUACCAAAAAUAGAAUGACAAAUGUAUUUUAAUAGCAGAUGAGGCGAUUAGUUUUAGGGUGAAUUUUCCGCUGUUGAUUUUACUUCAAGAGAUAGGAAGAGAAAACAAAGAUUUGUUUUCGAGAUGUUUCCCUCUACAGUGCUAAGCUGUAGUGAGCAUAUGCUUCAUUUACUUCCAAAGAGGCAGCAGCAGCUGGAAUGGGCUUACAGCACAUGCUUUGUUUCAUGUUGUGGGCGAGGACUUACACUCUUACUUCAGCAGUCACUUCACGUUCUCCAGCAAGGCAGAUGUGGGGUUCACUAGGAUUUAGUGCCUGAUCUUUUCUUUUGGGAAGGGGUGGGAGUGAAUGUAGCGGGGAUGGGAGGGAAGCAGAAGAAAACGGGCGUGUGAGUGAGCGUGCAUGUGUCCGAGACUCACCGUUCCCCCCCCUCCUGUGUCCAGCAAGGAACAGGCAUUUAGUGUAUUUUGCUCACGACUGCAGCGUGCAUGUAUUUUUUUUCCCCUCGUCCGUGUUUUCUAAACUUACACUAAAAGGAUUCAUCAAAUCAUCUUGUUCAGAUGGCUCAGGAUUGUAUUUCUUUUGCUUACGCUGUGCUCUUGGGUUCUAUAGUAUUUCUAUAAUUAUGUAACAAGAAUAGUGUUGCACUGUAAUCUAUCAUAUAGAGCUAUAUGUAUGGAAAAUUUUGAUCAGUUUUUUAAGAAAUGUAUCCUGUUUGCAAAGGCACAAUAAAGUUGCAUCUUAUAGACUAUAGGCAAUAAAGCUAACAAUAAACCUUAUUUAACACAAACCAUA